AUGAAUAAGGUAAGAGUCACAUGAGAUGAGAUAAAAUUUUGCUCAAAGCAGAACUUUCUGAAAGAGAAAAAGCAGCUGAAAGAAAAAAUUGAUAAAAGACAACUAAAAUUAAUUGUCUUAUUCAAAUAUAUAUUCAAGAAAUUUUUUCUUAAUAUUGAAGACCAAAAGGAAUUUUUGGAAAAUUCUAAACAUCUGAGAAAUCCUAUAAAUGAUAUGAUUUAUACGUCAUUAAUAUGCAGCACUUUAUCAACUAAAGAGAAAAUAAAUUUCCUCCUAUAA